AUGCAAUAAUAAUCCUUGAUAAAUGGAACACAAUAAAAUUAGAUUUCAAGAAAUUCUGUUCAUUAAAAUACAUCUACAAAGAGUGUCACUGCUUAUUAAGAUUAUAUUGCUAAUCGUUAAUCAGCUUCAAAAAGUCUAUCUUAGAUGUGUUAUAAUUGUAUCAAUAAUGACAUCUCUGAUUAAAAGAAAAAAAUAAAAUAGAAAUUAAUUGAAUAAGAUAAAGCAUAUGUUUAGGAAUUAACUAAGUCAAUUAUUAAAUAAUAAGAAGAUGAAAAUACUUAGAUAAUAUAAAGGAAAUUAAGAGAAAAAGAAUUCUUAUAAAAAAGUUAUUAAGAAAGUCAAAAAUAUAAAGAAGAAAGAAAAAGUAAAGAAAAAUAAGACAAUGAAAAAUUAGCAUAAUAAAUUAAAUAAACAGAUAUUUAAGAUUAAAAUAAAAUUCAAUAAGAACUCAUCUAAUCAUAUUAUAAAAAGAAAUAAUUUAUGGAAAGUUUGAAUGAAUAAAUUAAAAAUAGAAAACUCACAACCUAAGAUGAUAUUUCAAAUGAUUGGUUUAAAGUUGGAGAUGAACAAAAAACUUAAUAGAUUAUAUAAUAAAAGAAAAUUAUAGAAAGAAAUUUAAUAAAAUAAUAAAGAGAUGAAUCAUUAAAAAUGAAAGAAUCUGUAUUAAAUGAAUAAGAAAAAUUGCGAAAAUAAUAAGAAAGAUAAUAAGCUGAUUAUUAACAUUAAUUAGAUUAAUAAAUAAAAUUAGCAGAAUAAGGUAAAAAAAGAUUAAUAGAAACUUAAUAUUCGAAGUAUUUAUAAAAGGCCAUUUUAGAGCAAAAGGAAAAGAAAGUAUGCUUAUUCAAUAAUUUAGAGAAAUGAGAAAAUAAUGACAGCAGAAGAAUAUAGAUUAAAUUGUGAAUUAAUCAAUAAACAAACUUAAAAAAGAGAAGAGAUUGAGUAAAAUUAAGAAAUUUAAAAGAAAUUGUAGUACAUUGAAGAUCUAAAUUAAUAAUAUCAAUAAUAAUUAGAAUAUAAAGCUAAAGAUAAAUAGAAAAAUAGAUUUAUUGAAUAGAAAUUAUCUGAAUCAAAUAAGAAAUAUGAAUAUUUAAGAAAAGAAUUAGAAAAACCUAUUAUUAAAUCAUGUUAAAAAUGCAAUAAAAGUUAUGAUUCAAAAUGUCUAUCCAAAAGUAAAAUAUUUUGA